GUGUGGAAAGUCAGUGAAGUGAGGACAGAGACGUGGAGACAGACAGAGAGAAGUGGAGAGACUCAGAGAGACAGAGACGUGGAGAAACAAGCAGAGAAAAGUGGAGAGAGAGACGUGGAGAGAGAUUAAACAAGACAGGACAAGAGGACGUACUCAGCAGUCCCUGGAACCCCAACCCCGCCUUCAUGCCCCGCAGGUGCCCCACUUGGUCCGUCUGCCCAGGUAAGGUUCAGCCAGAGCUGCAGGCAGUCUGACUCACUGUCCCCCACGAGACUCCUGAGGAGCAGCUGCAGACAAGAGGAUGGCCCAAGUCCUGCACGUGCCAGCCCCUUUCCCAGGGACCCCGGGCCCAGCCUCCCCGCCCGCCUUCCCUGCCAAGGAGCCCGACCCUCCGUACUCGGUGGAGACGCCCUACGGCUACCGCCUGGACCUGGACUUCCUCAAGUACGUGGACGACAUUGAGAAGGGCCACACGCUGCGGCGGGUGGCCGUGCAGCGCCGUCCCCGCCUGGGCUCGCUGCCCCGCGGCCCUGGCUCCUGGUGGACGUCCACCGAGUCGCUGUGCUCCAACGCCAGCGCGGACAGCCGCCACUCGGCCUACUCCUUCUGCGGCCGCGGCUUCUACCCGCAGUACGGCGCCCUGGAGACGCGCUCCGGCUUCAACCCGCGCGUGGAGCGCACGCUGCUGGACGCCCGGCGCCGCCUGGAGGACCAGGCGGCCGCGCCGCCCGGCCUGGGCUCCCUGACCCCCAGCGCGGCGGGCUCCACCGGCUCCCUGGUGGGCGUGGGGCUGCCGCCGCCCACGCCACGAAGUUCGGGACUGUCCACGCCCGUGCCGCCCAGCGCCGGGCACCUGGCGCACGUGCGGGAGCAGAUGGCCGGCGCCCUGCGGAAGCUGAGGCAGCUGGAGGAGCAAGUGAAGCUGAUCCCCGUGCUGCAGGUGAAGCUGUCGGUGCUGCAGGAGGAGAAGCGGCAGCUCUCGGUGCAGCUCAAGAGCCAGAAGUUUCUGGGCCACCCCGCGGGGGGCCGCGGCCGCGGCGAGCUCUGCCUGGACCUCCCGGAGCCGCCCGAGGACCCGGUGGUGCUGGAGACCCGGAGCGUGGGCACCUGGGUCCGCGAGCGGGACUUGGGCGUGCCCGACGGGGAGGCCGCGCUGGCCGCCAAGAUCGCGGUGUUGGAGACGCAGCUCAAGAAGGCGCUGCAGGAGCUGCAGGCGGCGCAGGCGCGGCAGGCCGAGCCCCAGGCCUGGCCCCCGCCCGACAGCCCGGUCCGAGUGGACACUGUCCGGGUGGUGGAGGGGCCGCGUGAGGUAGAGGUGGUGGCCAGCACGGCUGCCGGGGCCCCUGCGCAGCGAGCCCAGAGCCUGGAGCCCUACGGAGCGGGGCUGAGGGCCCUGGCGACCUCGGGCGGAGCAGAGAACCCCACUGUGUUCCGCAGCCACGAGGUGGUGGAGACCAUGUGCCCGGUGCCCACCGCGUCCCCUAGCAACGUCCACGUAGUCAAGAAGAUCAGCAUCACGGAGCGAAGCUGCGAGGGGGCGGCAGGCCUCUCACAGGUGCCUGCAGAGUCCUCCUCCCCUACAGGGUCUGCUGCCGCUGCCCCGGCAGAGUCCGGGAAGAGCACCGGCCAAGUGUCCUCCUCAGGUGACCCCACCACCAGGGAGCCCGCCAGGCAGGUGGCCUCUCGAGAGUCCGAGGAGGCCAGGGGUACAGGCGGUUCCCUGGCGGGAGUGCGGUCCAUCAUGAAGCGGAAGGAGGAGCCCACGGACCCGGCUGCCCACCGCAGGAGCCUCCAGUUCGUGGGCGUCAACGGCGGGUACGAGUCCUCCUCCGAAGACUCCAGCACAGCAGAGAACUUCUCAGACAACGACAGCACGGAGAACGAGACUGCAGAGCCCGAAGACAGGGUUCCAAGUGUGGCCUCGGUCCCCCAGCUCAGGCCAGGGACCGCAGGGGCCACGACCAGCCAGCAAGGAUGCCAGUUAUCUCGGGAGUCUCAGCAUGUACCCACAGCCGAGGGGGCCGAGGGAUCCAACUCUGAGGAGGAGAUCCGGAUGGAGCUGAGCCCAGACCUCAUCUCCGCCUGCUUGGCCCUGGAGAAAUACCUGGGCAACCCGAAUGCCCUCACAGAGCGUGAGCUGAAAGUGGCCUACACCACGGUGCUGCAGGAGUGGCUGCGCCUGGCCUGCCGCAGCGACGCACACCCCGAGCUGGUGCGGCGCCACCUGGUCACGUUCCGGGCCAUGUCCGCGCGGCUGCUGGACUACGUGGUCAACAUCGCCGACAGCAACGGCAACACGGCGCUGCACUACUCGGUGUCCCACGCCAACUUCCCCGUGGUGCGGCAGCUGCUUGACAGCGGUGUCUGCCAGGUGGACAAGCAGAACCGCGCGGGCUACAGCCCCAUCAUGCUCACCGCCCUGGCCACCCUGAAGACCCAGGAUGACAUCGAGACUGUCGUCCAGCUCUUCCGACUUGGAGAUGUCAACGCCAAAGCCAGCCAGGCGGGGCAGACAGCCCUGAUGCUGGCGGUCAGCCACGGGCGGGUGGACGUGGUCAGAGCCCUCCUGGCCUGCGAGGCGGAUGUCAACGUGCAGGACGAGGAUGGCUCCACAGCCCUCAUGUGCGCCUGCGAGCAUGGUCACAAGGAGAUCGCAGGGCUGCUACUGGCCGUGCCCAGCUGUGACAUCUCUCUCACUGACCGCGAUGGGAGCACUGCCCUUAUGGUGGCCUUGGACGCUGGGCAGAGCGAGAUCGCGUCCAUGCUGUACUCUCGCAUGAACAUCAAGUGCUCGUUUGCCCCGAUGUCAGAUGACGAGAGCGCGGCGUCAUCCUCUGCGGAAGAGUAGUCCAGGGAGGGAGGCUGAGCCUCCCCCGGGGCCCGCAGCCCCGCCAGCCAGCCAUCCGGGUCUCCUCUCUGCCCCUCUCUCCUCUGGCUUCCGCCCACUCCCCCAAGCCGACGAGUCUCAGAGACAAACCGCUCUCCCUCCUUCCCUGGGGUGGCCCAGGACGUCGACAGCCCCGGGGGACUCCGUUUCAGAGCAGCGGCGCAGACCAAAGCUAAAUUCUUGUAUAAACCGGCGCCAGUGGCUGAUGGCUGGGGUGUGGGUUUUAUGAAGAACAUCGAGAACAAUCAGCCGGCAAUUAUGGGCGGAGGAGGGAAAAUUUUUAUAUUUUUGAAUCAUUGUCGGGGGAGGGGCACCAUCAUACUGUGUGUUGCCAAAUUUGAAAGUCACUGGAAUUGUGUAUUUUCCUUUUAAUCCUGAAUGUUAAAACGCAGGGUCGUCACUCAAGUGGCUUUGCCCACCACCCUCACCCCCACAUUUGACUGGUUUGUAAUAGUCGCCACGCUUCCCACUGUCAGAGGGCUUUUCUGGGGGACAUUUCUUCUGGUUGCUUCACGAAAUAGAUCUGUCCCUGUCACAUCACUCGGAGCAGAAAGCACAGCCCUUUCUUCUGUCUUCUUGCUGCCUCUACCACAGUCACCCCCACUCAAGUUGGGGGACUCUACCCUGGGGCUCACGCCCUGAGAGCCUCUGACUUGUAGGUAACCAGUUCACAAGGAGAAAUGACCCAGAAGUCCAUCCCGUCCCUGCAGAGGCCCUGGCACAUAGCAAGUUUCCUGGAAAAUCCUACAGUUGAAAGGAAAAGAUCCAGUUCUCAGAGUGGCUGCUGCAUCCAGUGCCCAGGACCAUGGUCACAGGACCCUCCUUUCUCUGCAGGUCUCCAGAAUUUCUCUCCUCAAAGGAAAGAAAACAGGGUAUGUGCUUGUUGGCAAAGCACAGGGCAAGCUCCAAAAACCCCAUGUGUACACAAUUAAAAGUUGGCUGCCCCCAGAGGGCUCCCGGAGCAGACUUAAAGAGACAGGCCUGUGCCGAAAACCAAACACGAGCCAGCUGGGUUUUUGUUUUUUUUUUUUUUUUUUUUUUUUUUUUAACAACUAGAGACUUUCCGGAGCUGCCUGGAACACAGCCUGCUGGAAACAGGGCUCGCCAGAGAGGCUCACGAUUUCCUUCUGGGUCUGUUUUGUCCUGAAUCUCAACGUGGUUUUCUUUCCUGUUCCUUUCCUCUGUAAGCAGGAAAAAGAGAGGGCCUCCCAGGCUAACCAGUGCGCCUUGCUGGGGGAGUCAGAUCCCGACCAGAGACCUGGCCUGCCUUCUCGCCUGGGCCCAGCGGGACAGAGGAAGCCCCAGGAGCGCACAGGUUCAUGGAGCAAAGCCCAGAGCUGGCUGCCCUCCUAGGAGAGUAGGUUUCUUGGCUUGAUGUAGUGCGGCUUGUUUUGACUUUAAUGGAAAGAAGGCUCCGAUGGCCCAAGGCAGAAUGGGUGGACGGUGGCCUGAGCGUGUGUGAGAAGCCGGAGAGCCGCAGGCCGCGGGCAGGGCUGCUGGUGUGAUGGAAGACCUGGGCCUCAGGGCUCUGGCGCCAGUGCCGGGAGCCAGCAAGGUGCUCUAUUGGAAGCUCCUGAAAAUGCCCUGUGGCCCAGCAGGCCAGCCCCUCACACCAGCCCCGGCAGCCAUCCCUCCUCUCCGCCGCCCUCUCACCACGUGUAUUCAUGAGCUUUGAUUUCACUUUCUGACCACGGUACGUCCAUAAAGACAGUAUUACACUUAAAUGAAGUAUUCUUUUUUUGUAAUCUCUUUUUUUUAGAAGGUAAAAAAUUUAAUAAAGCUACAAACAACGUGGA